AAACUUAUCUGUAUUCAAACCAAACUUUUUGUAAUUCAACUUCGGAGAAUAUAUGAUGACCUACGCAAAUACCACUCUAUAAAUGCAACUGUUGGUCUGACUUAAGUUGCCACCCUCUUUCAAACUCUGCGCCUGUUGCAGAGUGUUUAAUUUAAUGUGAUCUUCUUUCCAUUGUUUUCUAUUUCUUUCUCAACCAGUCAGCUUGUGUUUGAAGGAGCUUGUCGAGAAUGGUGAAGUUCACAAUUGAUGAGCUUCGGCGGAUUAUGGACCGGAAACACAAUAUCAGGAACAUGUCUGUUAUUGCUCAUGUUGAUCAUGGAAAAUCCACACUUACUGAUUCUCUCGUGGCUGCUGCUGGUAUUAUAGCACAAGAGGCUGCAGGAGAUGUUAGGAUGACAGAUACACGUCAAGAUGAGGCCGAGCGUGGCAUCACGAUCAAGUCCACUGGCAUAUCUCUCUACUAUGAGAUGCUUGAGGAAGAAUUGAAGAAUUUCAAGGGAGAGCUUGAAGGGAAAGAGUUUCUUAUAAAUCUCAUUGACUCACCCGGGCAUGUGGACUUCUCAUCUGAGGUCACAGCUGCACUUCGCAUCACUGAUGGAGCACUUGUGGUGGUGGAUUGUGUUGAGGGUGUCUGUGUCCAAACAGAAACUGUGCUGAGACAAGCCCUUGGAGAAAGGGUUAAGCCUGUUUUGGCUGUUAAUAAGAUGGAUAGGUGCUUCCUUGAGCUCCACCUUGAUGCAGAGGAGGCAUACCUUACCUUUCAGAGGGUUGUUGAGAGUGCAAAUGUCAUCAUGGCAACCUAUGAAGAUGCUCUACUUGGUACUGUUCAGGUGUACCCAGAAAAGGGAACAGUUGCUUUUUCUGCCGGUUUGCAUGGAUGGGCUUUUACCCUUACAAACUUUGCCAAGAUGUAUGCUUCCAAGUUUGGAGUUGAUGAGGCAAAGAUGAUGAGUAGGCUAUGGGGUGAGAAUUUCUUUGACUCUGCUACCAGAAAGUGGACCAACAAGCACACUGGGACUUCUACUUGUAAGCGGGGCUUUGUUCAGUUCUGUUAUGAACCAAUCAAGCAGAUUAUUGAACUUUGCAUGAAUGACCAGAGGGAUAAGCUGUGGCCAAUGUUGCAAAAGCUUGGAGUGAACUUGAAGUCAGAGGAGAAGGAGUUGACAGGAAAGGCUUUGAUGAAGCGUGUUAUGCAGAGCUGGCUCCCAGCAAGCAGUGCCCUUCUGGAGAUGAUGGUAUUUCACCUUCCCUCUCCUGCCAAGGCUCAAAAAUAUCGUGUCGAGAAUUUGUACGAGGGUCCCCUUGAUGAUCCUUAUGCUUCUGCCAUCAGAAAUUGUGAUCCUGAAGGACCUCUAAUGCUGUAUGUAUCAAAGAUGAUUCCUGCAUCAGAUAGGGGUAGGUUUUAUGCUUUUGGCCGAGUCUUCUCGGGUACGGUCUCAACCGGUAUGAAGGUCAGAAUCAUGGGACCAAACUAUGUCCCAGGGGAGAAAAAGGACUUGUAUAUUAAAAGCGUACAGCGAACUGUAAUUUGGAUGGGAAAGAAACAGGAAACUGUUGAGGAUGUGCCUUGUGGUAACACGGUUGCUAUGGUUGGUUUGGAUCAUUAUAUCACGAAGAAUGCUACAUUAACAAAUGAGAAGGACGUUGAUGCACACCCCAUUCGAGCAAUGAAGUUUUCUGUGUCACCAGUGGUAAGGGUUGCUGUUACAAGCAAGGUUGCAGCAGAUCUUCCUAGGCUUGUUGAAGGCCUAAAACGCUUAGCUAAGUCAGACCCUAUGGUAGUGUGUGAGUUAUCAGAGACUGGAGAGCAUAUAAUAUCUGCUGCUGGUGAGCUCCAUCUUGAAAUCUGCUUGAAGGACUUGCAGGAUGAUUUUAUGAAUGGAGCAGAGAUUUCAAUAUCUGAUCCUAUUGUCUCCUUCCGCGAGACUGUGUCUGAGAAGUCUUGCCGCACUGUGAUGAGCAAGUCACCUAACAAACAUAACCGUCUGUACAUGGAAGCAAGGCCUAUGGAGGAAGGACUUGCAGAGGCCAUUGAUGAUGAAAAGGUUGGACCACGGGUUGACCCCAAAAACUGUUCUAAAAUAUUGUCUGAAGAGUUUGGUUGGGACAAGGAUCUGGCCAAGAAAAUAUGGUGUUUUGGCCCUGAGGGUAAAGGCCCUAACAUGGUGGUAGAUACAUGUAAGGGUGUCCAAUACCUGAAUGAAAUAAAGGACUCAGUUGUUGCAGGGUUUGAGUUAGCAUCAAAAGAAGGUCCAAUGGCUGAUGAGAACUUGCGAGGGGUAUGCUUUGAGAUAUGUGAUGUUGUUCUUCAUGCUGAUGCCAUUCACAGAGGAGGGGGGCAGAUCAUUCCAACUGCUAGAAGGGUCUUCUAUGCUGCCAUGCUGACAGCAAAACCACGACUUCUUGAGCCUGUGUAUCUGGUGGAAAUACAAGCACCUGAACAGGCUCUUGGUGGUAUUUACAGUGUUCUUAACCAGAAAAGAGGACACGUGUUUGAGGAAAUCCAGAGGCCUGGCACCCCACUCUACAAUGUCAAAGCAUACUUGCCUGUUAUUGAGUCAUUUAAAUUCAAUGAAUCACUAAGGGCUCAAACUGGAGGACAGGCUUUCCCACAGUUAGUAUUCGACCACUGGGAUAUAGUGCCAUCUGAUCCACUGGAACCUGGGACUCCUGCUGCUGCACGUGUUGCUGAGAUAAGAAGGAAGAAAGGCUUGAGCCAACAAAUGAUGCCUCUCUCUGAGUUCGAGGACAGGCUUUAAUGUGUCAAUAAGUUAUCUUUGAAACAAAAAACUAUAGUUGCCCUUUUUAUAUUCCUAGAUUUUUAUAUUUCUCAUAAUGUUACAGUGAUAUUAGUCAUAGGACCCCGUAAGUUUUAAUGUAAAAAUAAUUUUGAUAAAAUUAAUUUGAUACUAUUAAACAUAAUUAAAUAUAUAUCAAAUUUGAAAAAGUCACUAGAGUGACAUCGCAAUUCUCGAGAAGCUUCAAGAAAUUUCCUUCUCUUUCUCAAGAACAGAAAAAAGGGAGUGCCGCUAGGGUUCUCACCCUAGCUGGCCUGCGUGAAGUGCAAUGAACAAGGCCGAGAAGCGAGAGAGUUCACUAAUAUAGCUAAGCAAUCAAGAGCCAAAUCUUCAGGCCAAAGGAAGGGCAGGAGGAUGGACCAGCUGGAAGGUGAAAAGCGGUCAACAGAGGACUUGGCUCGAGUAGAUCAAAGUCCAAAGAAGGUGAGAAACUGAAUAAAAUCUUUCUUGAUAUUGAUUAUUUGUGCUGUUAUUGCAGGAACAAGAAGAAGAUCGCUGCUGAUUGGGGAAAUUAUGGCUUGGUGAAGUGGAAACCUCCUCCGGAUAGGUGCCUAUAGCUCAACACUGAUGGGUCUAUGCCCCUAUCCCUAGGUUUGGCUAGCUGCGGUGGCUUAAUCCAUGAUACAAAUGGAAGAUUCAUUGCUGGAUUCUAUAAUUCGUUGGACCCCUAUCAUCUAACUGUUGCUGAACUUUGGGGUUUAUAUUGGGGUAUCUAUCUGGUUAUUGCCAGAAAGAUUCAUUUUAUUUGUAUUGAAUGCAAUUCCAAAAUAGCCAUCUCUUUAAUUACGAAUGUUCAGCAUUGUAACCACCCAUUUUAUUCUGUUAUUAGCAAAAUCAGAUUGCUCAUUAGGAAUGUUAGGUUUAAUUAUGUUUCUAGAGAAGUCAACCAAUGUGCAGAUUGGUUAGUCAAGAUAAGGUCUGAGGUUGGUGAGCCUUCUACUGUGUUUAAUGAGGCCCCUUCCUCUCUUCUCCCUCUCUUAAGUCUGGAUGCUAUAGGUACUAUGUGACCUAGGCCAGUAGCUUAGUUUGUAUUUGUUUGGACUUUAAGCCCCAUUUACUAACAAAAUAAAAUAUAUAUCAAAUUUGAUCU